AUGUUUGAUCGUCCAGACUUAAAAUCAAAUAGCCUUCCAUACUUUAUCUCAUCUAAUCCUUCUUCUUCAAAACAUGUACUCGGUAUCCGUCGUGAAGAUCAAUCCCCAUGGGAACGCCGUGCUCCGUUAGCACCUGAACAUGUUCGGACACUCGUAAAAAAUCAUAAUAUAAAAGUUCUUAUUCAACCAUCCAAUCGUCGUGCUUUUCCAAUAUCAUCAUAUGUUGAUGCAGGUGCUAUUGUUCAAGAAGAUUUAAAUGAAGCAUCAGCUAUAAUUGGUGUUAAACAAGUUUCUGUUGAUUCAUUAUUACCAAAUAAAAUUUAUGCCAUGUUUUCACAUACACAUAAAGCACAGAUAGAUAAUAUGCCAUUAUUAGAUGCGUGCUUAGAAAAAAACAUAACAUUAAUUGAUUAUGAAAAAUUUGUUGAUGAAAAAUAUGUUCGUUUAGUUGCAUUUGGAAAAUAUGCUGGAAUUGUUGGAAUGAUUAAUAUCUUGCAUGGACUUGGUUUAAGAUUUCUUGCACUUGGUCAUCAUACACCAUUUAUGCAAAUUGCCCUUGCACAUAAUUAUCGAAAUAGUGAACACGCUCGAAUGGCUAUUCGAGACGCUGGACAAGAAAUUGCUCGAGGUCUUAUGCCAAAAUCUAUUGGACCAAUAAUUAUUGUUUUUACUGGAGCAGGAAAUGUUUCUCAAGGUGCUCAAGAAGUUUUUCGUGAAUUACCAAUUGAAUAUGUCGAUGUAAAAGCUCUUCCAGAAGUUGUUCAACAUGGUGCAGCUAAUAAAGUAUAUGGAUGUGUUAUUCUACGUGAAGAUCAUUUAAUUAAUAAAGAAACAGGAAAAUAUGAUGAAGAAGAAUAUUUAAAACAUCCUGAAAGAUAUACAUCAACAUUUAGUACAAAAAUUGCUCCAUAUGCAACAUGUAUCAUCAAUGGAAUUUAUUGGGAACCAUCUCAUCCAAAAUUACUUCAUGUUGCUGAUGCAAAUCAAUUAGUAACUCCACCUCCAGAAUGGACACAAAAUAAUCCAAAAUUUGGUUGUCCAUCAUUACCUCAUCGACUUCUAGCUAUUUGUGAUAUAACAGCUGAUAAAGGUGGUAGCAUUGAAAUAGUUCAAGAUACAACAAGUAUUGAUCAUCCAUUUUUAUUGUAUAAUCCUAAAACAGACACAUCUGUAGAAAGUUUUCUUGGCCCUGGUAUAUUAAUUUGUUCGAUUGAUAAUAUGCCAACACAAUUACCAUUAGAAGCAACUUCUUUUUUUGGUUCAAAAUUACUUCCAUUAAUACCACAAAUGCUUCAAUUAGAUGUCGAAAAAGAUUUUCAAACACAAACUAGUGUACCUCGUGUUGUUCGAGAUGCAGUUAUAACAGCAAAUGGUCAAUUGACACCAAAAUAUGCUUAUAUAUCAAAACUACGAGAACAGCAAAGAUUAAAAGAAAUGAAGGCAUCAAUUGGAAAACGUAUACUUGUAUUAGGUGCUGGUUUUGUUAGUGGUCCUGUUGUUGAAUAUUUAACACGUAAUGAACAGGUUCACGUAACAGUUGUUAAUUUAAUUCAACAAGAAAUGGAUCGUCUUGUAUCAACAAACUCUCGAAUAACACCAAUAUUACUUGAUGUAACAUGUCAUAAAAGUGAACUUGAUAAAUUAAUAGAAGAUCAUGAUUGUGUUGUUUCACUUUUACCAUCUAAACUUCAUCCUGAUAUUGCUUCACUAUGUAUAAAACAUCGUCGUCAUAUGGUAACAGCAAGUUGUGUAUCACCAGAAAUGCAAGCUUUACAUGAUGAAGCACUCACAGCUGACGUAACCUUAAUAAAUGAAGUUGGGUUAGAUCCGGGUAUUGAUCAUAUGCUUGCUAUGGAAUUAUUUGACAUGAUUCGUGAUAAUGGUGGUCGUAUAGAUUCCUAUGUAUCAUAUUGUGGUGGUUUACCAGCUCCGGAACAUUCUGAUAAUCCUUUAAGAUUCAAAUUUUGUUGGUCACCUCGUAGUGUUCUUACAGAUUUACUUAAUCCAGCUAAAUAUUUAAUGAAAAACAAAACGAUUCACGAAGAACUUGCAACAGCUUUGGGAUCCAAGGCUCCUUCAUAUCCAACAGUUGCAGAAUGGGCAAAGCGUUUUCGUGAAGGAAGAGAAGGUGUCAAUGAUGAUCCUCGAUCUGGUCGUCCAGUAUCCGAGCUGACAGAUGAAAAUAUUGAACUAGUACGAGAGGUAAUCAACAAUGAUCCACAUUCAACUUAUGAUGAUAUUAUAGCUGAGACAUUUCUCUCUCAUGGUACAAUAGAACGAAUUAUCCACGAUUGUCUUAAGAUGAAAAAAUUACAUCACCCUGUCGUGAAGGAAAUAUGGAAACAAAGAAAGUCAGCAGAUACAAAAGGUAUAAAAUUUCUCCAAGACAAUGCUCGACCACAUAUUCAUUCCGAUGUUAUUAAUUAUUUAACAGAAGAAGGUAUUAUUAUAAUGUUGCAUCCACCAUAUUCACCUGACCUUGCACCAUGUGAUUAUUGGCUAAAUAAUUACAUCAAACGUAAUUUAACUGAUCAACCAGAUGAAAAAUUAUUGGCUCGUGCGGUAUCCAAGGUGAUGAAAAAAAUUCCGAAAGAAGAAUUUAAAAAAACUUUUGACAAACUAUUAGAAAGGAUGGAACUUUGUAUAAAUAAUCAUGGUGACUAUUUUGAACAUUUAAUAAAAUAA